AUGUCCGAAUAUCGGUUUUCCCUCAUCAUGAAGUAUUUACACUUCACUAACAAUGAGGAAUUUGAUGAGGCCACGCAUCCUCAGCCCAAACUUAAAAAAAUCUGGGAGGUGUACCAAAAUAUUGUGUUCAAUUUCCAGCGGACCUACGUGCCAGAUAGGGACGUCAGUGUGGAUGAAAGCUUGAUGGCCUACAAGGGUCGCCUAAGCUGGAUCCAGUACAUAGCGUCCAAAAGAGCGCGGUUUGGCAUCAAAUUCUACAUGGUCUGCGAGUCAUCUACCGGGUACAUUUGGAAUUCGGUCAUUUACACUGGUAAAGGCACGCAGUUCAACCCCAGGUACAGCGACUAUGGGAUGGCCACAUCAUCUGUCCUUACACUGCUGGAGCCGUUGCUGAACCAGGGAUAUUGUGUGACCACGGACAACUUUUACACGUCUCCGGAACUGUAUGAGGUUUUGAUAAAAAACAAGACCAAUGCUUAUGGUACAGUCAAGUCUAAUCGACGUGGCAUGCCAUCUACGUUUGCCCAGAAACAACUCAAAACCGGAGAAAUGGUUGCCUGGCAAAAGGGUAAGAUGAUGGCAAUGCGAUGGCGAGACAAGAAGGACGUGUGUCUUAUGAGCACUGUGCAUAAUUUGUCCACUGGCAUGGCCCACACAAGAGGUGGGAAAGAUGUGCUGAAGCCGCAACUCGUGAUAGACUAUAAUAACACCAUGGGAGGUGUGGACAGAGCCGAUCAGGCAAUGACAUUUUAUCCGGCUAUGCGCAAACAGCAAAAAAAAUAUUAUAAGAAGAUAUUCAGGCAUCUUCUUGAACAAUGCCUUUGGAACUCGUACAUCCUUCACAGAGCAAAGAGUGACAAGCCUCUUAUUCAUUCUGAGUUUAUCUGGAAGGUGGCUGAGCAGAUUUUUAUCAACUACCAAAGCCAUCAGUAG